CACUCUGGUGCCUUCAGGUUUCUCGUGAUGUAGAUGGUCGCCAACAAGAGUUAACACACCAAGUUCAUCGUGAAAUCUUGAUGCGGUGUUUGGAGGGUGUAAAGACACUGUCUCCCAUCCUUAUCUGUUCUAUGAAAAUCUUUAUCCAGAUCUUCCACCAGGGUGGGAAAGGUAUUGAGGAAGCUGCUGAAAACAGAAAUUAUUUGGCUGGGAGAAUGACAGAUGAGAUCAACGAAAUUAUUCGUGUUUUGCAACUUACGACUUAUGAUGAAGAGGAGUGGGAUGCAGACAAUCUGACCGUUAUGAAGAAAGCUUUCAAUGCUAUUGAUGGCAAAGCUCAGGCUGCACAUGACUGGCUUCAGGAUCCAACUGCUCUGCGUGGUGGCAUCGGAGAAAAAUCUCUUCGUCAAAUAUUGUCCCAGGCUGGAAAGGUUGCAGAGCGAUCAUUACCACCAGAUCGUGAUGCCAUCAGAAAAUUGUCAGGGGAUAUUUCCUCUAUGACUGAUGCUCUGUGUGAGUUGCGUCAGGAUGGGAAAGGAGCUACACCACAGGGCCAAAGUCUGGCACGAAGCAUUGGUGAGAAACUGAAUGAGUUGGGUGGAGCUGUUUCCCGAGCAGUAAACAACGUCGAGAGAAGUGGUGUACAGCAGCCUGCUCACACAGUUGCUGGACGAUUGGAACAGGCACAGCGCUGGCUCAACAACCCUUCACUCGAUGAUAAAGGACUUGGACAACAGGCUAUUGCACUUAUUGUGGAAGAAGGCAAAAGGGUUGCAUCAGGACUGACAGGGCCAGCACAGAUAGGAAUUUUGGCACUCUGUGAGGAAGUUGACAGUCUUUCUCAGCAACUCUCAGAGAUGUGCAGACGAGGCCAAGGUGACACUCCACAGGCUCAAGCAGUUGCUAGGGCACUCUCAACAAAACUGCAAGAUCUAAAGGACAAAAUCCAGACUGCUGUUGUUGAUCGUGUUGUAGAAGACUUUGUUGACAUUACCACCCCUCUUAAACAGUUUACUGAUGCUGUUCUUGCACCAGAAGGUACACCAGGCCGUGAACAAGCCUUUGAUAAUCGUGCUGCCAAUCUUGCACAUUUCAGCAACAGAGCUGCUAAAACAGCUCUUAUGGUUGCUGCUGGUAGUUCAGGUGGCAAUAAAAAACUAACAGAAGCUCUACUUGCAUCUGCUGGUCAGGUUGAAAGUCUAACACCCCAGUUAGUAGCUGCUGGUCGCAUUCGCAUGACGUACCCAACUAACAAGGCAGCAGAUGAACACUUUGAAAAUUUACGUCGACAGUAUGCGGAGAGCAUUCAGAAAGUGAGAGACUUGGCUGAUGAGGCUACAGAGUCUGCAUCAUUUAUCAAAGCAUCAGAGGACUUAAUCAAGAAGCAUACUGCGGCUUGUGAAGCCUCUAUCAAAAAUCACGAACCCCAGGCCAUGGUAGACAACACAAGUGCUAUAGCUCGUCUGGCAAAUCGGGUUCUUAUGGUAGCCAAACAGGAAGCUGAUAACUCUGAAGAUCCUAGCUUUGUAGCUAAAGUCAAUGCUGCAUCUGAUCAAGUUCAAGCAGCUGUGACACCAAUGGUGCAAAACGCAAAGGAUGUUGCAAUGAAUCCAGAUGAUCAGCGUGCCAUUAGUCGAUGGCGUCAAUCUAAUCAGGCUGUUCUUCAGCCAGGUGCAUGUAUUGAACACAUUCAUCCAAGUCCUCAACCUAUUAUGUCACUUCUGUCUGCUGUGGGUGAAGUACGGAGAGCAGUGAUGGUAUAUCCUGAAGAAGAACCUAUCAUUCCUCCACCCCCAGAUAUAUCGUCUCUCUCACUUAAUGCUCCCUGUUUUUUUAUGGAUGCUACAGCACCUUAUUACUAUGGAGACUUGCAAGAUCAUGGCAGCAGUAAUGGACACUUUCCUCAUGGUACUCACCCCCUCUCUAAUAACCUAGUUGGCAGUGAACUUGGAGGUGCUGCAUCUCCAUACAGUUCCCAGGAGCGAGCACAUUCCUUCCAUUCUCAGAGUGCUGAGUUAUUAGCCACUGUGCCCAAGUGGGAUGCAGCAGACACAUGUGAUGCUCUCUCUGACAGUUACACCGAUGAUGAGCUGCCAAUGGAUCCUUAUUCCCACUACAGAGGUUGUUUUGCCGUACCACUGUAUAGGAAUGGAUGGAGACAAAUUGGAAUGUUGCAGUUUGAUAUUUGCCUUUCCUGAAGGGGGAAAUUUUUGGAUUUCAUAUACUAUAAAAUACAAAUUAGAAAUGUUAAAGGCACUGUUAAAAUUCACAUUCUUCUGUCACAACAAUAGAGAAGAGGUAGAUCAAGUAAGAUUUUUUGAAUCCCAGCUCUUGUAAGGUUCUGUUUAACCCUUUCGGGGUUGGUCCCACACUUCUCGGCCAUGAGCUCAGCUCACUCGGAUAAGCUGUGAGUGGUAAAUUUGGGCCUAGAGAUGAGAGAAUGGGUCUGUGCAGUAAGUAUGCAUCCUAUAGAAAAAAUCCUGCAGCAAGCAGUGCAUAAUGGGGAAAAAACUGUGACUGCAUUAUUGGUUUAAAACAGCAACUUUGUGGUGUAUUUUCAUAUGAGUUUUAUGAUUGUGUUCUCAGUUUCUUGGUCUCAUUGAUAGAAUGGAAGAUGUAUUAUAGAAAUAGAGAUGAAAGUAGCUUGAAAUUGACCUCAAAGUAGCAGAAAUGUUCAAUUUUUGCUGAUAUUCCAGAGGACACAAAUGAUGUCACUCAUUCAGUACGUGUCCAGGUGGCCAAUCUAAUAUGCAUUUAGGAAUGCACUGACAUUAUUUGUAAAUUAUUACAAUAAUGUAGUGGUCUUCAUAACAGUAAAUCUUCUAUUUUUUGUAUGAAUAAAAAUUCAAAUGGAAAGCAAGCAUAAUAUAAGAGGCCUGGGAGAUGUAACUCAUUAACAAAGGAAAUGGUUUUUUAGUGCCAGGAAUGUCUACAUUGUUUAUUCUGGACCCUAUUUUUAACCCUUUGACUGUUUUGGUCGUAUAUAUACAUCUUACGCACCACUGUUUCGGACGUAUUUAUACACAUAAGUUCUGGCGGCUUCAAAUCAAGCAGGAGAAAGCUGGUAGGCCCACAUGUGAGAGAAUGGGUCUGUGUGGUCAGUGUGCAUGCAGUGCAUAAUAAGAAAAAAAAACUGACCGUUUUUUUGGAUUAAAAUGCUGACUUUGAGGUGUAUUUUCAUAUAGUAUUUAUCGUUGUAUUCUUGUUUUCUUGGUCUUGCAUGAUAAAAUGGAAAACAUAUUACAGAAAUAGAGAUAAUUUUGAUUAGUUUCACAAUGAAAACGACCUUGAAAUUGGGCUCAAAGUAGCAGAAAUGUUUGAUUUUUACCAAUGUUCAGGAGUAAGCAAAUCACACCACACAUCCAAUACACGUCAACUGGGGAGUUUAAUAUUCUUUCACUAGUUCACUGAUAUUAUUUAUACCAUUUUUACAAUAAUGCAAUAGUCUGCAUAAGGUAAAUUUUGUAUUUUUUGUAUGAAUAAAAAAUCAAAAUAGAAAGCAUGGUAAUAUAAAAGGGGCCUAGAGACAUAACUAAUGAACAGAGGAUAUGUUAUUUUAGUGCCAAGAAUGUCUACAUUAUUUAUUCUGGACCCUAUUUUGAAAUUGGCAUCUUUUUUAAUUUGCGUGAAAUUGGCCAUAUUGCCAAUUUCUGACCACUUUAUUGGGUAGUUCAGAUCGGUAAAUGGGUAGUUUCUUGUAGUCAACUGAUAGAAAAAAUGGAGUUCUAAAGAAGUAGCUAUGAGUUUGGUCAACUGGAACAACGGAAUUGGCCAAAAGCAGAGCUCAAAGUCAGUGAAAUCGCCGAUGCGUAUAUGUUGCCGGGACCGCUAACUUCACGGGAGUAUAAUUCCGUGAGUUUUCGACCAAAUUUCAUACUUUUGGUGUCAUUACCAUUGGGAAAAGAUUCUCUAUCAUUUCAUAAGAAAAAGUAAUUUUUUUUUUUCCAAAAAUUUUGCAACAUAGAAUGACAGUUUCAGAAAGGGGCUUGCGACAGUUAAAGGGUUAAACUGGCAAUUUUUUAAUUUUGUGUGAAAUUGGCCAAAUUGCCAAUUUCUGAUCACUUUAUUGGGUAGUUGAAAUAGGUAAAUGGGUGGUUUCUUGUACUCAUAGAAUAAAAGGAAUACUAGUGUUAUAAGUUUGGUCAACUGGAGCAAUGGAAUUGGCCGAAAAUAGGGCUCAAGGUGGGCAAAAUCGCUGUUGUGUAAAUAUCACCAAGACCUCUAAGUUUGCAAGAGCUUAAUUCCAUAAGCUUUUCAUCAAAUUUUGUACUUUUGGUUUCAUUUCCUUUGGAAAAACAUUCUCUAACAUUUCAUAAUUUUUUUUUUUUUUUUUUUACAAAUUCUUUGACCCUGAGAUCAAGUUUGAGGUCAGGGGUUUCAACUCUGAAAGGGCUAAUAGAAUUCUUUGUUUUGAAAAAAUUAUACUAUGACACAAUUAAUCCUCUGUGGCAAAAAUUUAAUAAACACUAUGCUCAUGAUAAUAUGUACAUAUCUAUUUCUAUUUAUUACUCACUUUUAGGUCAGUUAUAUAUCUUUUAAACCUUUAUAGCUUCUAGUUUCCUCUAUGUUUCCUGUCCUCUUCAAAGGAGCCUCCUUGUAGUGAUGAAGAGGCUUCUGGUCUGAGGAAUUGGACCUUUCAGUCUUCUUCCUCAGACCGAACCUAAUUACCCCCAAUCCUCCCUUCCCUAUGCCAUCCACCCCAUCCCCCCUUUUCCCCCCCAUUCCUCCCACCUCCCAACCCUCCCCUUUUUCCCAUCCUGUUUGUAGCCUCUGGGAUCCUCUCCUCUGGCAUUAUGGUUUCUAGGUAGGGAGAAGUGUGCCGAGGUUCAUCUCACUGUUUGAGGUUCCUAGGGUGCGGUGUAGUUUGCUGUGGAAUCUGGAUUAUCUGGAGGUGCCCUGCUCCCUUCCCAGAUUUCUGAGAAGUGGGCGGGGUGUCCUGCAGGUGAUGAGUGUAUCUCCAGAGGCUGCCUGUCAGUUCUGGGAGGUGGCAGCAGAAGGAGGUAUGCUUUGUGGCGGGUUUCCGAGGUGGCUUGGUAGAUCUGAGGUUGCUAUCCCGGAGCGCUGGUUUACUGGCGUGAUGGGUAGAGUAUGGCAUGGGUUCCACGCUGCAUCUGCAUUGCUUGUGGUCUUGAAGUCCUCUCAGAUGAGAGGAGGAACUUAUGGCCCUUUCAUGCCUUCUAGUGACUGUUCCUCCACUUUCCCUUUUUUUUUUCUCUCUCUCUUAAAAUAAUAAUAAGAAAGAAGUCCUACCAUCAUGGAGUCUUUCUUCCAUGAUAACCCUCCUCCUCCCAGGUCCCUUCUUGUUACCAUAUCCUGUUCUGACCCGGGUUUGUUAUUGGGCCAUUCUCUAGACUCUUCACAUACCCCUGUACUUUCUGCUCCAGGUGCUGGGGCUCCGCCCAUUUCUGUUAGUGCCUCUGCCUCUUGGAUGCGUCUAACUAUUCAUCCGUCUUCCCCAAAUAUUGUGCGAUGGUUUUCGGAUCGCCCACUCACCUCGGGUCAGGCCACCCGCGGUACUAUGCCUAAACAUUCCAGACCAUUUACUGACAGUAGUUCUUCAAUGUCUACUCAUUCUACCCAAAUAUGACCUACAUGACACUCACUUCCUUUACGCACCAUAUUUAUAAGUACGCAUUGCACUAAAUUCUUUUCCUUACAACCGACAUCUGACAUCCUUACAACAGACAUCUGACCAUAGUAUUGGUAAGGCUCUUUUACAGCAUGUUGGCCAAAAAUAUCCUUUCAUGCUCUUUGAAGCGGUGCACGCAUCAUUACAAUUCAGAAUGCAGAACAAGCUCAUGGUCUUUCCCAUAUUACUUCCAUAGAUAACAUUCCAGUCACAAUUCACAAGCAUGCUACUCUCAUUUCUUGCAGUGGUACGAUGGUUUUACCACCUACCAUUGUACAGAGUGAUUUUCUGUCUUGCGGUGAUGAUAUUUUAGAACAAUUAGCCCUUCAGGACCUUCCUAUUCUCAAAGUGGGUACAUAUGCCCUACCCGCUCGUGGGCAAAGGCGCUUUCCCAGUAACAUUGCCUGCUCAACCUUUGACUGCCGUGAACUCCCUCCGUUUAUAUCAUGGGCCAUCGCUUAGAGUUCUGUAAAGUGGUCCCAUUUCCUCAACAGCGUCGAAAUUGCUGGCGCUUUGGACACUCCACUAAAUACUGCAGAUCUGCGGCAGAGUGCCCAGUCUGUGGUGCCGCAGAUCAUACCGAUACAUCUUGCAGUCUUCCCCUCGCUUGUCUCAAUUGCAAUGAACAUUGUCCUUCUUUUUCCCGCUGUUGUCAGGUCUAACGUAAUGAAUGAGAAAUCCAUUGUCUUAGGGAGAGCGAUGGCCUUACUUAUGCUAUGGCUGUCUCUCGACUCCACUUGCAGGGGAAUCAUUCUUGUAUCCCUUAUUCGGGAGUAGCUAGACCUCCAACUUUGGCAGUCCCCCCGCCUACCAGCUCCGGUGUUGUGUCUUCCGGGGUCACCCGUCUCUAAUUCUUUUGUAUUUUUUCCCUCUGGAAUCAACACCUUACCUACUUCUACCUCUACUUCUUCUUGCCCGCUUGUUUCUCAGUAUGCAAGACCUCGCAUGCCUGAAUCUUCUUUGUGCCUAUCACCUGCAAACCUGAACCUCUCUCAUGACCCCAAGUCUCUUCGCAUUCCUCCAGUACAGUGGACCCUCGUUUUUCGUAAGCAUCAGAAGUCGUAAUUUUCGAAAAUUGUAACUUUUUUCGUCAAAACAGUGACUCGCGAAUCAUCGUUUGACUCUCAAAUAGUCGUUCACCCCAGACGUGCACGCACGGCCCUGAGUGGUUGUAUGGGAAACCCCAUACAACCAUCACUUCCAUCGUAGCCAAGAAAAAGGAAAUCAUGGAAGCUGUUGUUGCAACAGGGGUAAAUAUGCUCACAAAAAUGAGAACGCAAGUACUCGAAGAUGUUGAGAAGUUAUUGUUGGUGUGGAUCAACAAGAAACAGUUAGCAGGAGAGUGUUAUGCAGUCGAUAAUUUGUAAAAAGGCAAGGCAGUUGCAUGCCAAUCUCAUAAAGAAAAUGCCUGCAACGUGUGCUGAUGUUAGUGAAUUUAAGGCCAGCAAAGGCUGGUUUGAGAGAUUUAAGAAUCAUAGUGGCAUACACACUGUGGUAAGGCAUGGUGAGGCUACCAGUUCUGACAAAUAUGCAGCUGAAAAAUAUGUGUGUAAAUUCAAGAGAUGCAUAGAAGCUGAAGAAUUCAAAUCCCAACAAGUGUUCAAUUAUGACGAAACAGGCCACUUUUGGAAGAAAAUGCCAAGGAGGACUUAUAUCACACAGGAGGAAAAGGCACUACCAGGACACAUGCCUAUGAAAGACAGGCUUACUCUUUUGUUCUGUAGAAAUGCUAGUGGGGAUUUCAAAGUGAAGCCUUUAAUAGUGUAUCUCUCUGAAAUUCCCAGAGUGGUGUUUGGCCCCAGUGUGAAGAAAUACCUCCUGGAAAAUAAAUUGGAACUCUAAGUGCCUCCUGGUAAUGGACAGUGCACCUGCUCAUCCUCCAGACUUGGAUGACCAAAUUGUAGAGGAGUUUCAUUUCAUCACAGUGAAGUUCUUGCCCCCUAAUACCACUCCUCUCAUCCAGCCCAUGGACCAGCAGAUCAUUUCAAGCUUCAAAAAACUCUACACCAAAGCAAUGUUUCAAAGGUGCUUUGAUGUGACCUCAGACACUCAAUUGACCCUAAGAGAGUUUUGGAAAGAUCACUACACUAUCCUCCAUUGUAUAAACCUUAUAGGUAAGGCUUGGGAAGGAAUGACUUCCAGGACUUUGAACUCCGCUUGGAGAAAAUUGUGGCCAGAUUGCGUCCAAAAGAGGGAUUUUGAAAGGUUUGGGGCUAACCCUGAGGACCCUAUGCCAGUUGUGGAAUCUAUUGUGGCAUUGGAGAAUUCCAUGGGGUUGGAUGUGAGUAGCGAAGAUGUGGAAGAGUUGGUGGAGGACCACAACAAAGGGCUAACCACUGAAGAGCUGCAAGAGCUUCAUCUGGAACAGCAGCAGACAACAGCUCAGGAAAUUGCUUCAGAGGAGGAGGGAGAGACAUGGAAGAAGGUGCCGCCUUCAGAGAUUAAGGAGAUUUGUGCAAUGUGGAGUAGGAUGGAAAGAUUUGUGGAGGAACAUCACCCUGACAAAGCUCUUACAAGCCGUGUCAGCAACAUGUACAAUAACAGUGUCUUGUCCCAUUUUAGGGAAAUUUUAAAGAGAUGCCAGAAACAGAGCCCUCCGGAGAGAUAUUUAGCCCCACAGGUGUGCAGUGACUCUCAAGCUAGUCCUAGUGGCUUUAAAAAACAAAGGGCAGUAACCCCGAAAAAGCAUUUAGUACCUGAAGUCUUUAUGGAAGGGGAUUCCUCAUCCAAACAUUAUUUAACCCUUUCAGGGUUUCCGAUGUACUAGUACGGCUUACGCACCAGGGUUAUUGACGUACUAGAACGCCUAAAUUGUAGCGCCUUCAAAUCUAGCAAAAGAAAGCUGGCAGGCCUACAUAUGAACAAAUGGGUCUAUGUGGUCAGUGUGUGCAGUAUAAAAAAAUCCUGCAGCACACAGUGUGUAAUGAGAAAAAAAAAAACUUUGACCGUGUUUUUGUAUUAAAACAGCGACUUUGCACUGUAUUUUUGUAUG